AUGAACACCAUCAUCUUCACUCUUUUCACCGUCGCCCUUGCCUCUGCCAUUCCCGCGCCGGGUCAGCUGGGCAAUCAGGUCGGCCAGACCGGUCAGACCAGCGCAGGGCAGAUGCCUCCGACGCUAGGGGCCCCAGGCGUGAAGAAUAGGAUGAUCGGCGGUACAUGUGGUAAGAGUCUGGACAAUAUGUAUGAAGAAUGCACCGCUCGGGAAUUCACAGGCGUGUGGAAAGUUGAAUGUAGCACCCCGUGUACGGAAGGUAUCUGCUUCAUCGAUACGGGAAGAGGUGUGAGCACUAAGCCCAAGGCGCUUUGCCACUAUCCUAAGAAGGGAAUUUCGUGA